AUGCUUACACCCCACCGAAAGUUCCCGAGGCCUUGUCCUCAGGCUAGGAAGCAAGGUGAGAACGUUGAUUUGAUAGAUAACAUCAGCAUAUUGCAUAAGGAGCUUCUUAAAUGGUACGGCUGGGGUUACAAAGACUCUAUGUUCAAAUUACACGAGGGCAAAACCAUGUUUACGGGAAACAGAUACUUAAUCGGGGGGAAAUUUCUCCCGCAUUUCAUAGAAUGGGCGAAAGAAAAUUUCAAUAUAGACAUUACAAAACCACCAAAAAUUCCGCAAAUACCGACCUCGUAUGCAGAGAACAGACUACCAGCAAAUAUCAAGAAGGAGUUGGAGAAUAUUGCCCUCGUUAGUGUGGACGGGUUGGAUAGACUUAUCAGGGCGCACGGACAAACACUUAAAGAUAUGACACUCUUAAGAACAAAUAGUUUUCCGAGGAUACCCGAUGCUGUAAUAUGGCCGGAGAGUCAUGAUCAAGUUGUGCAAAUAGUGCAGUGUGCAUCGCGGAACAAUUUCGUAAUAAUUCCCUUCGGUGGUGGAACAUCAGUGUCCGGAGCAAUCACGUGUCCCGCCAAUGAGACCCGUCCGAUAGUCGCGUUGGACACCAGCGACAUGAACUCUAUACUGUGGAUAGACAAGGAACAACUGCUGGCUAGGAUACAGGCUGGUAUCGUGGGUCAAGACUUGGAGCGCGAAAUGCGCGCUCGCGGCUUCACCGUUGGCCACGAGCCCGAUUCAUACGAGUUCUCGACACUCGGCGGCUGGGUCGCCACGCGGGCCAGCGGCAUGAAGAAGAACACGUACGGGAACAUUGAAGAGUUAAUUGUGCACACCACGAUGGUGACACCUAUCGGCGUAAUGGAGAAAAGCUGUCGAGUGCCGCGCAUUUCGUGCGGGCCGGAAUGGGAACACGUUGUCUUGGGCUCUGAGGGCUGUUUGGGUGUCGUUACCGAGGUGACAUUAAAAAUUCGUCCGUUGCCACCCGUCGUGCGUUACGGGUCGCUCGUGUUUCCCGAUUGGGAGGCGGGCUUCCACUUCGAGAGAGAAGUUGCGAGACAGCGACUCCAACCCUCCAGUAUACGGCUUAUAGAUAACGAACAGUUUCGUUUUGGGUAUGCUGUCAAAACGGAAACGUCGUGGGGCGGAGUCGCGCUCGAAGGACUGAAAAAGUUCUACAUAACCAAAAUUAAGGGUUUCGACCCCGCCAAGCUGUGUGUGGUCACGUUGCUGAUUGAAGGCACGGCCGACCAGGUCACCGACAGGGAGAAGAAACUGAACGCCAUCGCGGCCGCCUUCAACGGAGUGCCCGGUGGCGCCACCAACGGCGAGGUCGGAUACACUCUUACCUUCGUCAUCGCUUAUAUUAGGGACCUGGCACUGGAGUACGAUGUGGUGGCGGAGUCGUUCGAGACGUCGGUGUCGUGGGAGCGCGCGGCGGCGCUGUGCCGCAACACCAAGCGGCGCGUGCGUGACGAGUGCGCGCGCCGUCGCCUCACUCACUACCUCAUCUCCUGCCGCCUCACACAGACUUACGACGCGGGUUGCUGCAUCUAUUUCUAUUUUGGGUUCAAUAGUUCGGAGUGCAGCGACGCCGUGACUGUGUACGAGGAGAUCGAGGAAGCGGCUAGAGAAGAGAUCCUGGCCAAUGGAGGUUCAAUUUCACAUCACCACGGCGUGGGUAAGCUGCGAAAAAAAUGGUACAAGCAGACAGUUAGCGAGCCAGGCGUCAAACUUCUACUAGCGGCUAAGAAGACUUUGGACCCGCAGAACAUCUUCGCGUUGAGCAAUAUGGCAUUCAACGAGUACACAUUAGAGGACACCGUUAGAAGUAAAUUAUAA